CUAGCCACAGCAAAUUGAACCCUGAAGUGCAUGGGCUGAGAUAAUUUGAGUGUAAUGACUGCAGUUAAAUCUAACGAGGCGUUUCAACACCAUGAAAGAGAGAUGAAAACUCAAUUCUGCUGAGUUUGUUUUACUUCCGUAAGCGUUUGGCAGUAGAUAUUUAUCGAAAAGGAACAUGUUGGAUUAUUAACGACUGGAUAUAUUUGGAUCAAGCUGUUGAGUACGCCUUCUUACACGACAGGUGAUUUUGUGUGAGAGUACAACAACCUCUCCAGGAUGAGACUGUGGACUUUACUUGUCAUUUUCCCGAUGUGCGCAUCCUCUCCUCUGCCAGCCGAAGUGUCUAAAUCAAAAGCUGUGGAGAGCCGCUGCUCCGGCCGAGCCUGUAACCCGCGCAUGGGCAGCUUGGCGCAGGGCAGAGUCCUGAGCACCCAGUCGGUGUGCGGCUCCAACUCCUCGGAGCCCUACUGUGUCUACAGAGAGACUGCCUCCCCCCGGAGCAGGGAGUCAUGCUCGCCAGCAAAAUGCAGCAAGUGCAACUCCGCCAUCCCCGGCCAGGCGCACCCUCCCUCCGCCAUGAGCGACUCCUCGUUCCGCUUCCCGGACACCUGGUGGCAGUCUGCAGAGGGGGUGAAGGAGGAGAUGCUCCAUCUGGAUCUGGAGACGGAAUUCCUCCUCACCCAUCUCAUCCUGGUGUUCCGCUCCCCCCGCCCCGCUGCCAUGGUGCUGGAGCGAUCUCAAGACCAUGGGCACACGUGGAGGGCCCUCAGGUACUUUGCCAGGGACUGCGAGGAGGUGUUUGGCCUAGCAGAGGGGUCGUCAGUAGGGGAGAGUGGAGCAACUUGCACCUCCAAGUAUUCAGGAGCAUUCCCUUGCACCAGAGGAGAGGUGAUCUACAGAGCGCUGUCUCCCUGGGACUCGCUGGACCCGUAUGGACCCGCCGCCCAGGACCAGCUCAUGAUCACCAACCUGCGCGUCCGCCUGCUGCAGCGCCAGCAGUGUCUCUGCCAGGCCAAACACCCUGGAGCCGCCCUCCUCCCCACAGACCACUAUGCCAUCUAUGAUUUUAUUGUCAAAGGCAGUUGUCUUUGCAAUGGACACGCUGACCACUGUGUACCAGCCGAGGGCUACCAACCCACUAAACAGAAGACCAACAACAUGGUCCAUGGCAAGUGUGUGUGCAGACACAACACGGCCGGGCAGCACUGCGAGCGCUGCGCCCCGCUCUACAAUGACCAGCCCUGGCAGGCUGCCAACGGCAUCACAGGGACACCGCAUGAGUGCCAGAAGUGCAAGUGUUAUGGCCAGGCCAAGAGCUGUCACUUCAGUCGGGGAUUGUGGUUGGCUACAGGACGGCGCAGUGGGGGGGUGUGUGACGACUGCCGCCACAACACAGAGGGCCGGCACUGCCAGAACUGUGCGAAGGGCUUCUUUAGAGACCCCAGCCGACCAAAAACUGCCCCUGACUCCUGCAAAGCCUGCUCCUGCCACCCUGUGGGCUCCGUCCUCUCUGGAGGUAGCACUCUGUGUAACCCUAGCAGCAGGGAGUGCACUUGUAAGCCCGGUGUCGGAGGCCCACGCUGUGACAGCUGCAUGCUGGGAUACUGGGGGCUCCAUGAAUACGGCUGCCGUCCAUGUGACUGCACGGGGGAUUGUGACCCCUACACCGGGGACUGCAUUCCUGGUUCAGAUGUGGAGGUCUUCUAUACAGCCACCGGCCACAUGGGACACAGCAGCAAUAACAGUGAGACGGCACUCUUUUUGGUAGAGGAGCUUUUCUCUGCACUGCACCACUCUGAGAAAUGUGAGUGUGUCGAAGUCACCCUGGGCAGCCCUAAACUCUUCUGUGCUGCGGAGUAUGACUAUGUCCUGGUGGUGAAGGUAAUGUCCGCUCACGAUAAAGGCUCCCAUGCAGAGGUGGAGGUCAAGGUCAAGAAGGUCUUGUACCAGAACCCUCAGAUGAAGCUCCAGAGGGGAAGCGUCACCCUCUACCCGGAGUCCUGGACCACCCACGGCUGUACCUGUCCCCUCCUCAACCCAGAUUCUGAGUAUGUAGUGGCUGGUCAUGAGGACUGGAAGACGGGCCGACUGAUGAUCAACACAAAGAGCUUGGUUAAACCGUGGAAAGCAACCCUGGGACGCAAAAUCCUCCACAUCCUCGGAAAAUACUGUGGCCGUCGGUAGAACUGCAGUGGGAUGGAGACAGUGAGGAUAAUCUGCGACAUACGGUGUGCAGAAUGAACAGAGGGACUGUUCCAAUUAGGCAUUACUUUGACACUAAAUAGAAAGCAAACAAAACCCCAUGCCUACUACAGGGGGUUUCACAGUUUCUUCUGUUUCUAAAAGGGAGUUCAAAGCCCCGAGAAACAGCUACAACGCCAAAGUGCCUGUGGUAGAAAUCAGCACAUACCUCACCAGACUACAGUCAAAGAGAACAAAGCAAGCCAUAAAGACUUUCACCUUAACAAAGACAACGUGUGUUAUUACUGUAUUAUAUUUUUCCAGGUUAUUUAAUUAACAGUAAGCGUGUUAAAAACUCAAUUACACUUUAUUUCUGGGCCAGUGUUGCUGUCAGAAUUGACAAGUCAGUCAUGCCCUCCUGUAUCAAUUCAAUUUAGAGCUGUUUACUCUGAUAUCUUGCAAAGGCACGGACUGAAUUAUCUUUGUCGCCUCACUGUUAUUGGCGAUAAAUCAUGAAUGAAGUCAACACCAGAUUGUGUGUGGAUGUGCUCGAUGUCCUUGGCAGGAGUCUGGGACUGUGCAGGUCAGAACAAGUAAAUCCUGGAUGAGGGGAGAGGAUGAAAAAACAUUAAAGGAAUCAGGCGGCUUAAUCUGAGCGGCUCUGCUCUGGCAAACUUGCCCGCCUGCUGUCUGACAAGAGCGACACACACUCCGCUCCACCCUCUCCUGUCUGGAGUACAUGCAGCCGGCUAACACUCUGGAUUUAGUUUGCUCUCUCAGCAGCUUCGGUUACGAGAGUGUGUGAUUGUCAGGUUGCUUCAGUCAGACUUGAUUCUGUGAGGAAUUUCUCCUCUCCUACUUCCAUUUGAGGAUUCACUUCAGAUGGACUCUCUGAACCCUAUCUGAACCAGUGUGUGUGUGUGAGAAAGAGAACACACACUCUUUAAGCAUUUCUCCUCCUGUGACUUCCUCUGCUCCUAGAUCAAUGUGUAUUAAAAGCCUGGGUAUUCAUUGACAUCACAGUUCAUCGGAUGCAGAGUCCACAGGCCAUUUUUUGAGCCAGGCCCAGUUAAGAAUAGGUCGGGUCCGCUGUCUCCAAGGAGAAGGACAAACUCUGUGAGGAGACAUGAAGCAUUCCUCAAACAUGACAUCAACGCCCGUGUCCUUGUCCCAAAGACCUUACCAAAAUAAGAGAAAUGGGCUGGAGAUUUCCUUGUAAAGGACAAAGUGGUGAUUCAGGGGGCAUGAAUGUACUUUGCUGUUAAUGUGAUAUUUGUAAUGCUCUUCCUGUUUAUUAUAUGUUCUUAUUUUUUUCCUCUAAGCUGCAUAAAUAACACAGUGUGCUCAUUCUUAAUGCUUCUGGGAAAAAGUAUGUUUACUUUCCAUGACGACUUACAAUUAAGCACAAGACAAGAAAAUCUUGAUGUAACUUACUGUAAUAUUUUUAUGAGUACAAGUGGCUGACUGGUGUUUGACCCAUGUUUUAGUACCGCCCUCCUUUGGUUAAAAGAGAGAAAUACACCUCCUACAACAUCAGAUCUUGCUGGUUAUGUAAUUAAGCAUGCUGCACUCUAAAGUACUUAUAAAUAUGCAAACACAGUAAUCGAUUCAAGUUUGAUAACAAUUUAUUUCUUAUAAAAACUGCAUUCAAUUAAAAUGGAGCAAUGAAAUAUUUAUAUUUCCUCACAUGGUAAUGAAGCAAAACAUUUUCAGGUGAGUUAUUCGCCAAAACCUUUUUUGCAUGUUUGUUUUGCAUAUAUAACUUUUGCAUAUAUCCUAAAAGCAUCAAAAUAUGGCCUAAAUGACAACACUACAUUUCUUAAAGAUAUAUGCCCUUUGUCUUUUGCUUCAAUCAUUCAAAAGUAACUACUAUUAAGCUUCUACCAGGA